AUGAGUGCAUGGGCCGAGACAAGGGAUCAAGCAUCUGCUGCUAUUCUGGGGUUUGAGAACAAGUUUUCUACGAUUUUGAACCUUUCAGAUCCGUUACUUGAACAUAUUAUUGCAUCCAAAAGAGCUUUAAAGGUUUUGGAAUCAAAGUUUGGGUUGGAAAAAGAAGCUUUAGAAAAAGGGUUGGAGGGCAAAGCUUUAGAAGAAGGGUUGGAGGGCAAAGUGUUAGGAGGGUUGGAGGAUGAAGAAUUGGGUUUAAAAGGUGAGAGCCAAAAAGUUGUUCAAUUUUUGGUGAGCUCGUGUGAUGGAGAUGCGGUUACUUUAGAGAGCAUUUUAAGCAAAAAUCCUCAGUUGGUUGAUAUUUUAUACCCCAGCGACUCGGCGGGAGUUACGGCGUUGAUUUAUGCUGUUUGCUUCAAUAAUGAAGAUACAGUUGAACUGUUAUUGGAAAACCACGGGGCCGAUCCUGAUUUGUUUGAUACAAUUGUAUUUUUCACUCCGCUAAUGUGGGCGGUAUAUCUAAAUCAACUCGAAAUGAUAAAAUUAUUGUUAAACAAUCAAGCUGAUCCAUAUUUGAGUCCCAAAGAUGACGGGAAAAAUGCAAUAAGCUUACUUAAUCCAGAGAGGCAAGAUAUUAUAGAGUAUUUUAGAGCACACAACCUUUUGAAGAAUCCUGCUGCCCACAAUGAUGUACCGGACAUUUAUAGCACAAACACAUUUACUCCGCAAGACGGAUAUCAAGAUGAUCUACUGACAAAGUUGAAGCUACAGACUCUUUCGGGAACUAUUGAAGAUGAGUCUGGGAGGCAACAAGGCGAUACGUUAUAUGAUGGGGAGAAGGAGGAAAAUAACGAGGAUGACGAGUACAUUCUUGUACAAGAUCCGAUACUCUCGAGGCUACCGGAUUUUGAAUAUGACAAGUUGAUUGCUGAACAGUAUAUAAAGUUUGCUGAUAGCGAUAUCCCAUCUUUGAUCAACUAUCUUUUUGAUUUAAGAAAUAAAACAACCUACCAACAUGAUACAAAGCUCCCUUCUGCUAUAUUAUUCCAAUUGAUCAGAUACGCACAUUUGAGAGUCGACUCAAAUGAGCUAACAGAUUUUUUAUUUGAUUGCUUUACAGCAAGGUUAAGAACAAUUACAAGCACAAAGUCAGGCGCAUUCAACAUGGCACUACAAGAAACAGGAAGUGCUCAAGGAGCAGGCGAUAUUGUCUUAUUAAGCUACUGGCUAUCUGCUUUGCAGUUUUUGCAUUUUUACUUCUGCAAGAGCAAAAUAUAUAUUAAAUUUCCUCGUUUUUUGCAAGAAAUCAUCAACUUGGUCCACUCGCUAAUUGCGACUUUAUCAUUUUCAAUAAAUUCCAGGUUGAACCUAUUAGUUGAGGACUGUAUGUUGAACUUUACAAGCUUGAUUGAUGUGUCAAACACCCUUUAUGCAAAAGACUGGAAUCUUUUCAAAUGGAACAAGAAGCAUCCUAACAAUUACGAUGCGAUUAUGAAUUCACUAUACCCACCCAGUCAUGCUGAUUUGAUGAAACCCUCGCCACUCCGAUACAUUCAAGUACUUGGUGCCUUAGACUAUGUGCUCAAAAUCCACAAGGUUGAUAAUCUUUUCCGCAUGCAAACCUUCUCCCAAGUUUUUUAUUACAUGAACUGUAUUAUAUUCAAUAAUAUCAUUGGCAGCAGUAAAUUCUGUACACGAUCUAAGGCGGUGCAAAUUCGUUUAAACAUAUCUGCUAUUGAGGACUGGAUGCGUUCGCAUAAUCUAAAGUUCUCUAGACCAGAAACGUUGGGUGGACUAAACAGUUUGAUUGGAGAUACCAAGGUGCAUUUGCAUAACUUGUUGAGUGACAAUAACACAUUACUGCGCAAAAACCCACAAAACUUGGAAUUUUACUAUGAUUCCUUAUAUCAUGUAUGCAAGAAUCAAUUGAUGCCGACAAUUGAGCUACUUCAAUGGUUACAAUGCAUGUCAUCUUUAACUAAUCAAGAGAGUUUGAUCAACACGAUAAACCAAUUUGACUAUUUAAACUAUUACCAAUUAUUCAAGGUGGCAAACAAGUUGUACAAGUAUGAAGUUGGUGAACCGCGGUUAUCUAAAGCUUUAGUCAGUUUCAUGAAAUCAUUGAUGAUUGAACGAGGAGAGGAACAGAUUGCAAAGAGUUUCCAGCAUUACAUGACCCAAUCGACUUUUUUAUCCAAGGAAAUAUAUAUUUAUCUCAAUCCAAAUUAUGUUUUCAAUGUCACUUUACCAAACCUUGCCGAAUUAUUGAACAAUUAUGGAUCAGGAAUUGGGGGAGUCCAUGUGUUGCGAAGUAAGAAAUACCAGCCGUCACUUCCAAUAAGCAUUGUUGAUGAUAUAGACGAGAUUAUCACCGAAAAUAGAAAUAUGGAGUUUAAUGAAUCAGUUGAUUAUGAAAAGGAGAGUGAAAACAAAGAGGGUUCUGAUGAUAACCAGUAUUGCAACAAUGACAAUGACAAGGACAGUGGCAAUGGCAAUGACAAUGACAAUGUCAAUGUCAAUGGCGAUACUAGUGAAAUUGGUAAGGUAGAAGGAAUCAAAGGAGACGAGUUAUUUAAGCAAGUACAAAUGCCAAACACGCUAAUACAUAAGCAUUGGGGAGAAACCAACAAGGAAGAGUUUGAGCAAAAUCCAUGGUAA